GGGGCCGUGAUUUUUUCAGAACAUUGGACCGCAUUUUUAAAACGUGUUGGUUUUUUGUCUCCUGCUUGUAAUUUCGUCUGGUCGGCUUGAAAUAUUAUUUUCAGGUCAUGGCCGGUGAGAGCGACGGUCCUGGCGGCGCCACGGGCGGCGCCAGCUCCGGCGCCGAGGGGGGCUCGGCACCGGUCCGACCGCGCCCCUCCCCGGCGCGCCUGCCGUCCAUACGACCUCCCCGAGACCUGACCCUGGCCUCGGCUCUGCGACCGGCGCUGCUCCAUGCCACCAAAAGCAAGAGGGUGUUUGUGCCGAAUCUGGAUGUGAAGCGAGAGAAGCACGAUGAAAAGGGGCGGGACGGUGACCGGCGGGGCGGCCGCGGGGACCGCCGUAAGGACGGAAGAGGUCGCGGUAGGGACGGACGGGGCAGGGGCGGCAGAGAUGGAGGAGAGAGACGCCGCGACAGGCCGGAGCUGGUGCAGAUGUCCGGAUCGGUGUUCGGCGAAGGCAUCGCCGCCCCGGAGAAGCGGCCCAGUACUGGUGGCGGUGCCUUUGGCGGCUUUGGAGGAGGCGGCGGCGGCGGCGGUGGGGGUGGAGGGGGAGGCGGUGGAGGGGGAGGGGGAGGUGGGGAGAAGGACUCUGCGAUGACCAUGCCGGUGUUCGGCGGAAAUAAAAAGGUCGACAAAGAAGAGGAGGAGCGGAAGCUGGCAGCGCUGUUGAAGGAUAACUUCAUUGACGACGACGGCGAGGAGGAAGCAGGUGAUGAGAUGGCUCCCGUUCGGCUGCCGCUCAUGUCUUCGGCCUCGGCCGGCUCCUCCUACCUCACCGAUGACGUCAAAGUGAAAUGCGGCGACGAUGAUGAGGACGACAACGUACACUCGUACAUGAAGCGCAAACUGCAGAUCUCCGAUAAGAAACUGGACUUGGAACGUAAGCUGGCGGCCGCCCGACGCCGGGAAACCGACCUGCCUGUAGCCGCCAUGUUAAAGGAAGGCCGCAAGGAUCUCGUAUUCUUCCAGUUUCCGGACUGUCUACCGGUGCUGACCUCUAACGAUGACGAUGUGAAGCUCAAGCCCAAGAAGGAGCCAUCGGCGUCGGCUGCCGGCACUACCAACGGUGUCCAGGCGGAUACCAAGGCGCCCAACCCUGAGCUGGUGACCUUCAGUGACCUGCCCGAGGGUCAGGUAGGGCGGCUCCAGAUUCUGAAGUCGGGCAGGGCUCGCCUGCUUCUAGGGGACCACGUCCUUGAGCUAGACGCCGGCACUCAGGUCAAAUUCCUUCAGGAGGCAGCCUCGGUGUCCACCAGUGCAGACGGCUCUUCUGGCAGCGUGUCGGUGUUAGGGCACGUCCGACACCGAGUGGUGGCCUCCCCCGCCUGGGACACCCUCAUACACAGGGAUGCUAACCGAUGACGGCAUCCGAAGAGCGGCUAGGGAAUCAUGCGGGUGUGGAGGGUUUCUUAAAGCGGCGUCUUCGAUGGGCGUCUUCGAUGGGCGUCUUAGAGCGGCGUCUGUGUAAAGGGUGCCCAUCUUGGAGACGUUGAUAUUGGCGGGACGUCUAAGAUGCUGUGAGGGUGUUGAUGUAGGCUGGGUGCCAGUGUGAGAAGGGACGCCCAUGUUAGAAGGACUUUCACGUGAGAAAGACACCGAUGUGAGACAGACGCUCAUGUGAGAAGGACGCUCGUGCCAGAAGGAUGCCCUUGUGAGAAAGACGCCCAUUGGAGACGGACACCUGAAGUGACCUCACCACAGUGAGCUCCGGUGCGUGCGGCUGAACUAUGUAUGUGUCAGAAACGUCCCUCCGGUAUAGAAAACCGUUGGAUAUGGGUGCCCAGUCUGAAAUGGACCGCCGUCGGUUGUUUUAUCAGAGCUGUGUGAGAGUAUGACAGUGAAUAAGAUGGAACAGCUCAGUUUGAUGAGCUGAGAGGAGUGAUACUGUUUGGUAUACUCCGGUGUAAUGCGACAGGAAGGGUCAAACUUAAGUGAGAGAAAGAGACAGAGCUUGUAACGAUGAGGGAGGGAGUUAGAAAUAGGUCGUUUGGCUAGGGUUGGAGCUGACAUAACAGCUGGCAAAAACCAGUAUGCUCUCUGAUAAAAGCUGUGUUUCAGGCAACGUGUUGCCAAUGUAGAAACGAGACUGCCAGAUUGCCUCGGUUAGGGCCAGGACUAUGGCCAAAAUGGCUCAACAUGGGGAAGGGCAGUCAGUCGCUGUCCCGAAUUGGUUGUGUCAUCUCAAACUCUAAAACUAACAGUUCGCAUGCCGGACUUAAAACCAUCAUUUACGACUUUUUUUCGUGCUGAGUGGAUGAAUUAACAGCAAACAACGUCUAGCUGACUGUCUAAAUAUUUUCAAUGGGUAUUUGGCAGCCUUGUCAGCCAGUGUACGAUAACUGUGAUGUUAAGUUUUGAUACUGGACAGUGGACACUGGACAGGGCGUUGGGAUCGGACUGAUGC